AUGGGCCCAGGUCACGUCGUUUUAAAAUUGUUCGAAGAAGAUGAUUUCAAGAACCUAUAUCCAGUUCGAAACCCAGGUGGUGCAAGUAGUGGUGUGGAUUCGAUCGAAGGUCAGGACUCUGGAGGACCAAGAGAAAAUGGUGAGCAGCGAGUGAACAUCGCGAAGUUGAAAGCCAGAGACAACUACGUAGUGGGAUUGUUGCUGGAACGCGGAAGGCCAAGGAAACCCAAUAAAACAUACCAGAACUGUACGACUCCUUCCGGUGCAAAGGGCCACUGUAAGCACUACCAAAACUGCAAACAACUCUCUGACUCGAAGGAAAACAUCUGGAAAGUCCUCGGCCAGUUGUGUAUCAUCGAGACCAUGUCCAUCGGAGUUUGCUGUCCGGAUGCUCUAACCGAGGGUAACGGUCCCGAGUUUUCCGUCCGUCUACCAUCGCAGGGUGAUGAUGUGUACGACCCAGUGGAUGAUCUCGGUGACUCCCGCGCAGGAGAGAUGCCAGAUCGACCGGAAGAAAGAGGUUGCGGAAUAUCAACCAAACAACAGUCCAAAAUCUCCGGAGGUCGUCCGGCCGAUCCCGGCGAGUGGCCCUGGAUGGCAGCCCUGAUCACCAAUAGUGGGCAACAAUCGUUUUGCGGGGGAUCUUUGGUCACCGAUCGGCACGUUCUGACCGCAGCUCAUUGCGUGUUGAACUUGAAACUAAACCAGUUUAUGGUUCGGUUGGGAGAGUACGAUUUCACUCAGUACAACGAAACUAGAUCCAGAGACUUCCGGGUUACCGAGAUCCGCAGCCAUGCGGAUUUUGAUCCGAUCAGCUACGAGAACGAUAUUGCACUGUUGAAGCUUUUUAGACCAUCGUUCUUCAACUCGUACAUCUGGCCAAUCUGUAUGCCUCCACUGGAUGAUUCUUGGGCCGGAUAUCGGGCUGUGGUCGUCGGUUGGGGGACACAAUUUUUCGGAGGACCACACGCGAAAGUGUUGAUGGAAGUUACGCUGCCGAUUUGGUCCAACCGGGAGUGUCAACAGGUUUACAUCAACCGGAUCUACGAAACGAGCGUUUGUGCCGGAGAUUAUGAAGGUGGCAAGGACUCUUGCCAGGGAGAUAGCGGUGGUCCGUUGAUGAUUCAGCUACCGAAUCGCCGCUGGGUUGUAGUGGGGGUCGUUUCUUGGGGCAUCCGAUGUGGUGAAGCCAAUCACCCAGGGAUUUACACCCGAGUCAGCUCCUACGUCAGAUGGAUUAUUGAGAAUGCAGUGUUUUAAAAAUUAUUUAAAUAUUUUACUUCCAUGAUUGAAAAACCUUUUGUUGGAAAUAUGUAUUUGAACAGUUUGCA